AUGUUGCGGUCUGUAUGUCAUAAAGCUUUUGCAAAUACUACCACUUUUGUUACACCACAAGUCGCCGUUGUACGACGUGCUUAUUCACCAGCCACCUCUGCCAUGGCCUUCAAGAAGCAUAUGCGUCAAAAAAAGUUUGGCCAUGCUCCCCGCUACUUGCAACCUACUGCUGAGGAUGCCGUCUACAACAUCUUGCGCAAUACCCCUACAACAAGCAGUGAAAAGUCAAAGAGACAUGUCUUGAAUUUGCUCGUUCAGAAUGAACCCGGCGUCCUUAGUAGAUUGUCAGGCGUCUUGGCUGGUAGAAACUUCAACAUUGAAUCCUUGGUGGUGGCAAAUACAGAGGUGCCAGACCUCAGUAGAAUGACGGUGGUGUUCAACGGCAAGAAUGUUCAGAUUGAGCAAGCCAGAAGACAAUUGGAGGAUCUGGUUCCUGUUUGGGCUGUAUUGGAUUACACCCAUACAAAGCUGAUUGAGCGUGAGUUGCUGUUGAUCAAAGUGUCCAUCUUGGGUCCAGAGCAUUUACAUGAGCAAUUACCCACUGCAAAACUGGAUAAUGAAGUUGAAUACGCUGAUGAGAAAUUAAGUGCUACAGCAGAGACUCCUGAAGAGACACCAUCUACUGCCCUUCGCCACACAUUUGAACAUUUGCGUGCUGUCACGGAACUCACUCGCUUGUUUGAGGGAAAGAUUGUUGAUGUCUCUAGCGACUCUGUUGUGGUUGAAGUCUGUGCCAAACCUGAGCGCAUUACCUCUUUUAUGAAGCUUUGUAAGCCAUUCGGCAUCAUUGAAGCUGCUCGAACUGGUGUCAUGGCAAUGCCUCGCUCUCCUGUCCAUGAGCAGUAUGCAGCUCAAACAGAGCAUUCUUACCAAGAUGAUGAUGAUGAAGUAGACCUUAGUGCACUCCCCCCAUCGUAA